AUGUACAAUUUACAAAAAAGUACACCUGGGCGUCCUAAAGGAAAAUUAACUUCAGCAAACAAAAGAGUCAGCAUCGAUGUUAGAAUUGACAGGAUUGACCAUUUUCAAAGCCAAUUGGAAACUCAGAAGCGAUGUGCUCACUGCUACAAAAUCACUCGAACGCAACAACAAAUUCUAAAAAUAAGAUUGAAACUAAUUUUGAAUAUUAAAUCACUGGUUAGAAGUAAAAUAGAAAAUUCUGCUAUGAAGUAUUCUCUGCAAGAUGUUUUAACCAUGAUUGAAGAUGAUGACAGCAUCAUUGAAGCUGACAUUUUUAUCAGUCCUCCUGCUGAUGGAAUGAAUUCAGAUGAAGAUGAUGUAUUGGAUGAAAUACAUGAUCAGGGAUCAUUUGAUGAUCUACCUGCACGACAAUUACUGAGUAAUGCCAAUGCAACAAUAAAACACAUUGGUGGAUCUAAAAAAAUUGGCAUUGUGAGUAUUUAUUAUGUUUAA